AUGAAAUAUCUAUUUAGAUUUUUUAUAUUUCUUUUUUGUAUAACAAGAAUUAAUAGUCAAACUGGAUGUUUUUUCAGAGAAACAGGAGCCGAUUAUAAUAUUGACUCAGUAUUUUCUGUGUUUUAUGUUGACAACCUUUUUAAUAUAUUUGGUAUGACCUUUUAUAUGAAAACUUGUACAUAUGUAACUUGUGACCCUUGGAGACAAACAAUGAUUUGUGGAAACUAUAAUUCAACUACAUUUCAAUUGGGACCUUACCAAUCACAAAAAGUUACACUUAAUAAAAAUGGAAUUUCCAUAGAAUACCUUUCAGACAAAACUCCACCAAAUCAUCCAUGUCCAACUAUUACUACAACUGUAAAAUUUAUAUGCGAUAAGAGUGUACUAAGUGUACCCAAAUCCGAUUAUGAUUAUGUGGGUACGUGUGGUGUCCAAAUUAAAUUAUUCGCAAUCGAUUAUUGCCAAACAUGUUCAAAAUGCAUAGCAUCCCAUGGAUCAUGCAACUCGACUAGUGGUUGGUGUACUUGUGAUUCCUAUACUAUGGGUUUAAAUUGCGACCAAUUAAAAGCAUCGAUAUCGUCGGUUGUGGCACCAACAAUCGAUGGUGGUAGUGUGAUAAUAUCAGGUGAUUUUUCAAGUAUAUAUUCCCUUGGUCCAAGUUUAGUGAUAACCAUUGGUAGUUUAGUUUGUUCUCAAGUUUCAUUCGCUGCAAGUACCACUCAAAUUUCUUGUACGAUUGGUGCUGGUCAAGGCUACCAAAAUCUUACCAUAUCCGAUGGAAGUGGUUCAACAUUGCAAUAUAAACAAUUUUAUUACCAUUAUCCAUGUCAAGAAGAUUGCACACCAUAUGGUACUUGUAAUGAUGUAAUUGGUAAAUGUACUUGCAAUUAUAAAUAUUCAAUUGGUGCAGAUUGUAAAACUUUAAAUUUACAAUUAACAUCAGUGAAACCCACUCUUUUAGAUGGUGGUCAAGCUUAUUUGGUUGGUGAUUUUUCAAAUGUUACUGGUUUAACUUUAUCUGUUAAAAUUGGUAUAAAAGAAUGUACAGAUGUAAAUUUCAAUGAAACAACAUUACAAUGUACAAUUGGAUCAGGCGAAGGUAUUAAAGAUAUUAUUAUAACAUCAGAUCUAUUAACAUAUAGUAAAAUUGGUGCAUACGAAUACCAAUAUUAUACUUGUCCAUUAGGUUGUUUACAUGGUACUUGUAAUAAAUAUAAUGGUUUAUGUGUUUGUAAUAAUGGAACUUAUGGUGAUCAAUGUCAAUAUAUUGAAUGUCCAUUAGAUUGUUCAACUCCAAAUGGUGUGUGUGAUAAAGAUACUGGUAUUUGCGAUUGUGAUGAUAAAUACAGUGGUGAAGGUUGUGAUUUCAUCAAAUGUCCAUUAGAUUGUUCAACUCCAAAUGGUGUAUGUGAUGGUAAAACUGGUAUUUGUAAUUGUGAUGAAAAACAUAGUGGCGAUUCAUGUCAAUUCCUUCAAUGUCCAUUAAAUUGUUCAAAUCCAAAUGGUAUAUGUAAUAGAAAUACUGGAAUCUGUAGUUGUGAUAGUAAAUAUAGUGGUGAAGGUUGUGAUUUCAUCAAAUGUCCAACAGAUUGUUCAACACCAAAUGGUACAUGUGAUGGUAAAACUGGUACUUGUAAAUGUAACAAUCCAUACACAGGAGAAAAUUGUGAUGAAAUUGCCAAAUGUAAACAAGAAUGUUCUUUAAAACAUGGAACUUGUGAUAGUCACACAUUAGAUUGUAUAUGUGAUACUCAAACCAAAGGUUUAUCAUGUGAAGAAUCAAGAUUAUUAAUUGAAUCAGCCGAUCCAACAAGUUUAGAUGGUGGUACAACUACAAUCACUGGUUAUUUUGGUACAACAACAUCAUUACUAUCAAUUAAAAUAGGUGAUUCUCAAUGUACAAAUAUUAAAGUAGAGAGCGAUACAAAAUUAAAAUGCGAUAUUGGUCCAGGUGAAGGAACUCAUAAUGUAACAGUCACAGAUGACGAUCUUUCAUUUACUGGUGUUGGUAUGUUUCAAUAUGUGGGUCAAAUAAAUAAAAUAUCAAAAAUAUCUGGUGGUGCAAUCGCUGGUAUAGCUGCUGGUUGUGUUGUUGGUGUUUCAGUACUUGGAGCUGGUGGUUAUUAUCAAUAUCGUAAAAAUAAAAAAAUUGAACUUUUUAUGUCAUAA